AUGUUUUCUGCUUUCUUUGCCUGUAUCACCACUCUCUCUUUCUCUCUCUCUCUCUUUGUCGCUUUUCACUUUUAUGUUUUCUCUUUCACUUUUCUUUUUGUCUCUUUCCUUCUAUCUUCCUCUCAUUUUUGUCCUGUUCCCUCUCUCUUUGUCACUUUUCUCUUACUUUUUCCUCUUCUUCUCUUACUUUUUCUCUUUUUCCUCUUCUUCUCUUACUUUUUCUCUUUUUUCUCUUCUCAUCCUUUUUCUUUUUCCUCUUCUUCUCUUAGUUUUUCUCUUUUUCCUCUUCUUCUCUUCCUUUUGCUGUUUCCUCUUCUUCUCUUCCUUUUGCUGUUUCCUCUUCUUCUCUUCCAUUUUGCUGUUUCCUCUUCUUCUCUUCCUUUUGCUGUUUCCUCUUCUUCUCUUCCAUUUUGCUGUUUCCUCUUCUUCUCUUCCUUUUGCUGUUUCCUCUUCUUCUCUUCUUUUGCUGUUUCCUCUUCUUCUCUUCCAUUUUGCUGUUUCCUCUUCUUCUCCUCCUUUUGCUGUUUCCUCUUCUUCUCUUCCUUUUGCUGUUUCCUCUUCUUCUCUUCCUUUUGCUGUUUCCUCUUCUUCUCUUCCCUUUGCUGUUUCCUCUUCUUCUCCUCCUUUUGCUGUUUCCUCUUCUUCUCUUCCUUUUGCUGUUUCCUCUUCUUCUCUUCCUUUUGCUGUUUCCUCUUCUUCUCUUCCAUUUUGCUGUUUCCACUUCUUCUCCUCCUUUUGCUGUUUCCUCUUCUUCUCUUCCUUUUGCUGUUCCUCUUCUUCUCUUCCAUUUUGCUGUUUCCUCUUCUUCUCUUCCUUUUGCUGUUUCCUCUUCUUCUCUUCCAUUUUGCUGUUUCCUCUUCUUCUCUUCCAUUUUGCUGUUUCCUCUUCUUCUCUUCCUUUUGCUGUUUCCUCUUCUUCUCUUCCUUUUGCUGUUUCCUCUUCUUCUCUUCCAUUUUGCUGUUUCCCUCUUCUUCUCUUCCUUUUGCUGUUUCCUCUUCUCUUCCUUUUGCUGUUUCCUCUUCUUCUCUUCCUUUUGCUGUUUCCUCUUUUUUUCUGUCUAUUUGUUUUGUUCUCUUUUUUUUCUUUCUUUCCCUUUUUUCUGCUUUUUCGCUCACUUUCUCUCUUUCUGCUUUUUCUCUCUCUUUCAGCUUUUAUCCUCUUUUUCCUCAUUUUCUCUCUCUAUCCCUUGGUUUUUCUCUAUCUCUUUCCAAUCAUCUUCUCAUAUGUCUACAAUAUCAAUACAUUUAA